UUCUGGAUUUUCAUUGCAAAUUGAACAGCAGGUGUUUGACUUUUAUCAUUUUGGGGAAAAAUAGAAUAGGGAAAAGAAAUGGUGUACACAAGUGAUACUUUAUUUACCAAGAAUAGACUGCAGUAACAGGUUAGGACUCUGAGUGUCGCUGUUCACCAAUCGGGGGAAGAAAAGAACCAGGAAAUUAAUACAAACCACAAGAUUUCUGCAUUACAAAGCACUAGCUCUGGGGCUUUAGAAAGCUUCGAACUGGACCCCCGAGAGCGCCAGCAUCCAACGGUGAAAGCACAUUAUCUUGGACCCUGAAGGUCCUUGGGAUCCUCAGGCCUCCACCAAGGGAACACCCACGAGCAAGCUAUUCCGCCGCGGGGCUGUAAUGGCGGCUUCUACUUAUUGCCCAGACUGCAGCCGGCUGAUCGGGAUCUGCGUUCUCUUGGGGGCCCUGUGGGAAAUCCGGGCCGAACAUAUCCUCUACUCGGUGCCUGAGGAGCUGGAGAACGGCUCCUUCGUGGGCAACAUCGCCAAGGACCUGGGGCUGGAGCCCCGGGAGCUGGCGGAGCGCGGAAUCCGCAUCGUCUCCAGAGGUAGGACGCAGCUUUUUGCUCUGAACCUGCGAAGCGGCAGCUUGGUCACUGCGGGCAGGAUAGACCGGGAGGAGCUCUGUGACAGAUCUCCAAAGUGUGUAGUAAACCUGGAGAUUCUCCUAGAGGACAACGUGAAGAUUUUUGGAGUAGAAGUGGAAAUAAUCGAUGUUAAUGAUAACGCGCCCAACUUUGGGGCGGAGCAAAGGGAAAUAAAAGUAGCUGAAAAUGAAACUCCUGGGACAAGAUUUCCUCUUCCUGAAGCUUUUGAUCCGGAUAUAGGGAUAAACUCUCUGCAGGGUUACCAGCUCAGCUCGAAUGGUCACUUCUCCCUGGAUGUGCAAAGAGGAGCUGAUGGGAUUAAGUACCCUGAGCUCGUGCUGGAGCGCGCCCUGGACCGCGAGGAAGAGGCGGUUCACCAUCUCGUUCUCACCGCCUUCGACGGAGGCGACCGGGUUCACUCUGGCACUGCCAAGAUUCAUGUAACACUUGUGGAUACCAACGACAAUGCCCCAGUAUUCACUCAGCCCGAGUACCGUGUGAGUGUGCAGGAGAACGUGCCGGUGGGCUCCAGGCUACUCACAGUAAAAGCCACGGAUACAGAUGAAGGAGCCAAUGGAGAAGUCACAUAUUCUUUCCGGAAAGUAAGAGAUAAAAUAUCCCAGCUAUUCCACUUGAAUUCUCUGACUGGGGACAUAACAAUAUUGGGGGAUCUGGAUUAUGAGGACUCUGGGUUCUAUGAUAUAGAUGUAGAAGCCCAUGAUGGGCCUGGUCUCCGAGCCAGAAGUAAGGUACUGGUGACAAUUCUGGAUGUAAAUGACAAUGCCCCAGAAGUCACAGUUACAUCUCUCACCAGCUCUAUUCAAGAAACUUCUUCCCCAGGCACAGUAAUUGCACUUUUCAAUGUGCAUGACAGUGAUUCAGGAGAGAAUGGCCUUGUCACAUGUUCUAUUCCAGAUAAUCUGCCAUUCACACUUGAAAAGACCUUUGGAAAUUAUCAUCGGUUGUUGACACACAGGACUCUGGAUAGGGAAGAAGUCUCAGAAUAUAACAUCACUGUAACUGCCACUGACCACGGAACUCCACCAUUGUCUACAGAAACACACAUCUCACUGAACGUGGCAGAUGUCAAUGACAACCCACCUGCCUUCCCUCAAGCUUCCUACUUGGCCUACAUUCCAGAAAACAAUCCUAGGGGAGCUUCUAUCUUCUCUGUGACUGCCCAUGACCCUGACAGUAACGAGAACUCAAUGGUCACUUACUCUCUGGCUGAGGACAAGCUGCAGGGGGCACCUCUCUCCUCCUAUGUCUCUAUCAACUCUGACACAGGUGUAUUGUAUGCUCUGCGCUCCUUUGACUAUGAACAGGUUAGAGACCUGCAGCUACUUGUGACAGCCAGCGACAGCGGGGACCCUCCACUCAGCAGUAACGUGUCUCUGACCAUAUUCGUGCUGGACCAGAACGACAACGCACCUGAGAUUCUGUACCCUGCCCUUCCCACCGACGGUUCCACCGGUGUGGAGCUGGCACCCCGCUCUGCAGAGCCUGGCUACCUGGUGACCAAGGUGGUGGCUGUGGACAGAGACUCAGGCCAG